GACAUGUCGGCUUAUCCGAAUCGCCACAACCCCUUCGCCGACGAGGACGACGACGACGACGACGACGAGGAGGAGGAGGGGAGCGAGGCGGGGGGCCGCGGCCUGGGCCUGGGCCCGGAGGCGGAGCGGCAGCAGUCGCUGAGGGAACAGGCCAUGAGCAGCGCCCGGCGCGCCGUACAAAGCAGCGGCCGCAGUGUCGCCAUCAUCUAUGAGACGGAGCAAGUGGGCACCGACACGGCACAGGAACUACUGCGGCAAGGCGAUGCUCUGAGGCGAACGGAUAAAAUGCUGGAUAAAAUGGACCAGGAUUUGAAGGUCAGCCAGAAACACAUCAAUAGCAUCAAGAGCAUGUUUGGUGGCAUUACAAACUACUUCAAAGCUAAAAACCCUGAGCCACAGGCUUCUCCAGAACCGGAAAAGCAAAGUAGGAGCAAAUUGCAAGAGAGUUUGGAUAAAAGCAAGCAACAGGAUGAGCAGUACCAGGCAAAUCAUCCGAACCUGAGGAAACUGGACACAUCGGGUUUUGGAGCUGCGACUAGUUCUGCAGCAGAAAACAACAAUUGCCCCCGGAACAAUUACCUUCGCGCUUGCCAUGAUCAGAUGGAUGACAAUCUAGACGUGAUGACCUCUGGCCUGGGCCGGCUAAAGGGGCUAGCCAUGGGCCUGCAGACAGAAAUCGAUGAACAGGAUGAGAUUAUUAACCGGGUGGCAGGCAAAGUUGACCGAGUGGAGACCAAGAUCGGAGCAACGGAUCGACAGCUACGUAAACUUUGAAGGAGCAUUGAUUAGUUUAGGCUCCAUCGGAUGUACAUCCACGAGCAUUCAUCUUGUAGAAACAGCACCUUUUUAAAAAAUACCCAGAUCCUACGGCGAAUGGAGUUUAAGAAUGCAAAUUCUCAAGAAAUUGAAUUGGUCCUCGCUGAAAUAUGUUUCUGUAUUUUCAGGGAAGAUGGACACAAAACGCUGGAGUAACUCAGCGGAACAGGCGGCAGCAGCAGCAGCUCUUGAGAGAAGAAAUGGGUAAUGUUUCGGGACAAGACUCUUCUUCAGAAAAAGGGGUCUCAACCCGAAACGUCACGCAUUCCUUCUUCGGGGAAGGGUCGCGGCCCAAAAAUGUCACCCAUCCCUUCUCUCCAGAUAUGCUGCCUGCCCCGCUGAGUUACUCCGGCAUUUUGUGUCUGUCUUCAGUGUAAACCAGCAUCUGUAGUUCCCUCCGAUACAUUUCGUCCGAAUUUUCAGGAAUGGAUUUAACUACUGUUGUGCCUGCAUUCAGAUUGACAUUAAUUACUGGCACGGUGUAUAUGAAGCUGACGGUAACCUGCAAGAUUAUAUGGUUUAAUUAUUAUUGAUUAUAUGUGUCAAUUUAUAAGGAACUAUGAUUUAGACGCCGCUAAUGCAAACCUGGAUGAAUUUUGCUGCACUUGCAUUGAUAUUCUCGUAACUGCAGGAGUCAGGAGAGGUCGAGACAAAAUGCUGGAUUACUCCAGCAUUUUGUGUCUACCUGCGAUUUAAACCAGUAUCUGCAGUCUUUUCUUGCGCAGUCACUGUUUGAGAGGUCACUGUUUGAUGAUACUAAAAACUAACUAGCUACACUUCUGAACUAUUGUCCAGAGGGUUAGGUUUAGCCGGACGAAAAUUGUGUGCUAAUGUUACAUUCUGUACAUUCCCUCUCACCCAUUCAGUGCGUGUGAUUUGGUUUGCUUUGUACAGAUGCCCUGCGUAUCUCUAUUAAUUGUAGCGAUUUUUAUUCUGAUUUGUAUCUCGAGCAUCAAUAAAGAUUUUGGAAAUAUUUCACAGAAA